AGUUCGAUACAUCAGUAUUUCUCACACCCCUAACAACUUCAUCAGCUUUCAAAAAUAGCGGCAGUUUUCGCAAAUUUUGUAUGCAAAUUUCCAAAAAUUAAAGACUGUUUUUCCUUUAAUCAAGAUGUCAACGGCUCAAGCAACAAAGAACUGCAUAACCCUUAAGGGCUCCGCGCAGAUAAUUGUGGAAUACCUUAAGUAUGGAAUCAAUUCGAUACUGUUCCAACGCGGCAUUUAUCCCGCGGAAGACUUUGACAACACCCAGCAGUAUGGACUGACAAUUCUCAUGUCCAAGGACCCUAAAAUCACAACAUUCCUACAAAAUGUUUUGAGCCAAACCGAAGAGUGGCUUUCUAAGAACAUGAUCAACAAGAUCUCCAUGGUCAUCACAAACGCCCAUUCCAAGGAGGUACUUGAAUGUUGGGACUUUAAAAUGCAGGCCGAGCUGGGCGAUGGCGACACUAGUGAUGCCACAAAGUUCACUAGCACAAAGGAGUUGAGUCGCAUCCAGAACGAAAUUCGAGAUGUAAUGAGGCAGAUUUCGGCCACCGUCAGUUAUCUUCCACUACUCGACUGCAUCUGCACCUUCGACGUGAUGAUCCAUACACUUCAAAACACAGAGCUUCCGGCCAAAUGGGACGAAACGGGAGCCAUUGUCAUCCAGAACGCACAGGCAGUGCAGUUACGCUCCUUCUCGACCGGUCUCCACAAGGUGGACACCGUUGUUAACUAUAAGAUGAGCACUUAGCUCAAGCUUUGAUUUUGAUUUUAAUUCUUUUAAAUAUUUAUUCAUUUUCUAUAUUUACAAAUAGUGGGUAACCAACGUAACGUAAUUGAGAGUUGCAUUAAAAGCCAGUUUUGUGAAAAGCUAA